GGCAACCAGCUGGUCCCUCCCGCCUUGUCCCCGUCCAACGGUUGACCUUGACCAAAGACGUCACUCCUUCCCUCCUCUCCAAUCGAGUGACCACUGUCCUUGCUUUAAGCCUUCAACUGUUCCCAUAAAACAUACUCUCGGGCUUGCCCUCCCUUAGAUCUUUUCCACCUGAAUCAAUCCAUAAGACCCUGAUCGCCACUAUUACUAGUCGCCUACGUAUCUUCUCAUAAACGCUCUUAUACUUCAUCACCGGUUAGUACCUUCACUGGAUAUACCCUGUCACGGAUCGAACGAAACCAGCGACCGAGGCAAGAAGAUUACAAAGUAGACUGAAAUUAAAUAACCAUGGAGACCAUCAGCAACAUGGCAAACACAGCCGCGAAGGCCGUCUGGGGAACCAGCGCGUCCCAUGAAGAGCCCAUCUCCGGCAAGUCAGGAGACGUCUCCAAGGGAGAGCCAUACGACGCCGGCAACAUUGAACCCGGCGACAGCACCGGAGUGAGAGCCACUGACCGCACGCCCACCAACACCAACACCGCCAGCGCCAACAGCGGCGGCACGGGAAUCUCCAGCGACACCUACAUCGGCGCCCCCACCUCCGACACCACCACCAGCGGCAGCGGCGGCAACCCCCCACCCCCCAACCAGACCCAAGACUCUUCCACCGGCCGCGGCGACAGCAGCCGCACGCAGGGCGACGUCAGCUCGCCGUCCGACCCCCUGCAGCCCGGCGCGACGGCGGCGCGCCAGCGCUCCGACGUCGACGACUCUGGCGACGGGCCCGACGUGGACGACAACCCCGCCAAGCUCGACGGGCCCGGUCCGCGGCCGAUCGAAGAGGUUGCGCGGGAGCGGGGUGGGGACGCGGGGAGGGCCGGGGGGAAUGCCGGGGGCGGGGCGCUCGGCGGCGGUGAAGCCAAGGACGAGGGGGCGGGUGGAGAGGACGGGCCGCAGAAGGAGAGCCAUGGGGAGGGGACGGGGGAGAAGUACGUCAAGAGUACGGGGUUAAGGGCCGAUGGUGGGGAUUUCGAUGCUGCGAACCCUGGGGCUGGGAAGGAGGCUGAGCGUCUCCUCGAUCAGAAGGGCGUGCACAGGGACCCCGGACCGAAAACGGCAGGCUCCGACGCGGGUGACUCCAAGGACACCCACGCGAAGGACGCCCACAGCGGAGGCAAGGACAGGAAGCUGGGCGAGAAGCUCAAGACGAAGCUGCAUAUGGGCCAUGCCUCUUCCUAGGCUCUUAUAUAUACUCUCUGGUUCAACCAACCUGCCUGACUGGUGUUGUACGAUGCCAUGGUGUGGUGAAGGUUUGGGGCGCGGAAUGACUGCAUGAUGGAAGGAUGUCAAUGGCCAGCCACACUGAGCCGUUCUUUUUUACUUUUCUGCUUGUAGUCAACUAGUCGAUUAUCACUGACACAUUACUUGCUUGUCAAUUUAACGAUUAAAUUGAUUCUAUGAUAUGAGUGUGUUAA